AUGUUCGAACAUGCAGUAUGCCAUGCGAAUACCAGCUGGUGUUGUAGUUCGCGUCGUAUGUAAGUACAGUCAAUCAUAAACUCGAGCACGUUUUUCGAGAACUUCGUUCACUUCAUGCCAUGAAACUUUCCGACUUCAUUUUGCCUCCCUGGUAUUCCAAUGCCGUUGUCCGCCAUAUCACGUUUGGCAUCUUCAUUGGAUUUACUUUGUCUAUAACGUCGACGUCCAUAUCAUCAUACUGGCGCUCCCGACGACGUCAAAACCUUUUGCAGGAGCAACACGAGUCUCAGCCAAUUCACUUGAGAAGCAAUGAAGUCGUAUAUGGUGUCACUGGAUUGAUAGGAAAUACGCCUUUGGUGAGGAUCGACUCAUUGAGUGAUGCUUUGGGAGUCGAGAUUCUUGGAAAGGCAGAGUUUCUGAAUCCCGGAGGGAGUGUCAAGGACCGAGUUGCUCUGCGCAUAAUCGAGGACGCGGAACGACAAGGUUUGCUGCACCCUCACACUGAAUCCCGCAUCUUCGAAGGCACUGUUGGAUCUACUGGCAUCUCAAUAGCAACGAUAGCCAGGGCAAGGGGAUAUGAUACAACGAUUAUCAUGCCGGAUGAUGUGGCCCAAGAGAAGGUUAAUGCAUUACAGGCUCUUGGAGCUGAUGUUAAGCGCGUUCGUCCUGCGAGCAUCGUCGAUAAGAAACAGUAUGUGAAUAUCGCAAGGCGAGCAGCUAUCGAAUUCGGACGUUCGGAUAUAGUGAAAGGCUUGGAGGACGCCCAUAAAAACCAUGAGCUCCAUACAGGUUCUGCAUCUGUAGUGGUGACGAGUACAUCGUCGCACGUUAAUGCAGAAGGCACCAUUGAUGACCCACUGGAUGAAGAUCUGCUAAAGAAGCCAAGGGGCUUCUUUGCCGACCAAUUCGAGAAUCGCAGUAAUUUUGAAGCCCAUUACGACGGAACCGGUCCGGAAAUUUGGCGUCAAACUAAUAGUCAUGUUGAUGCAUUUGUAUCUGGAGCAGGGACGGGCGGAACGAUCGCAGGUAUUGGACGAUUUCUCAAAUCGAUGGACGAGGAGGUGCAGGUCGUCCUAGCGGACCCAGAAGGCAGCGGGCUUUAUAAUAAGGUCAAGCAUGGCGUAAUGUACGAUCGCAGAGAAGCUGAAGGAACAAAACGAAGGCAUCAAGUGGACACCGUAGUCGAGGGGAUAGGGAUCAACCGGAUGACAAAUAACAUCGACCUUGGGAUCCCGAUCAUAGAUGACGCGUUCCGGAUAACUGACGUGGAAGCGGUUGCCAUGUCCCGAUAUCUCGUUCAAAACGAUGGACUAUUUCUGGGCUCCAGCAGCGCGUGCAACCUGGUGGCAUGCAUCAAAUUCGUAAAGCAAAGGGGAUGGCGGGAUGGUCAAACACUCGUCACGAUCUUAUGCGAUUCUGGCAACAGACAUUAUUCCAAGGUAAGUGCGUGGUAUCCGCGAAGACAAAAUAUUCCCUAAUGCGCUUGUGCUUGGGCCGUUAUCAGUUCUGGAAUGAUGAUUACUUGCGUAAAGCUAAUAUCCCGGUUGACCGCAGUAUAAUUGACGAUCUAAUCGCUCAAGCUGGUUCUGGAG